AGUCUAUAUUCAUUGUAAACAUGGACGCCGCCAGCGGAGCUUCUGGGAAGUCCUCGUUCUGAAUAAAGUAACUGUUUUUGUUGGUUCUUGUGAACUUUACUUUAACCAAAGUAAAAGAAUGGAUAAAAAUGUUUCAUUUAAGUCAUUUGAAGCUAUUCAGAGUGUUGACGUGGAUAAAAUAGUUUCUCUAUCAGAGGCAGAACUUAGGCCGAUUCUACCCGCUCUUGUGCGGAUGUCGCUUUGUGCUCCCCUGGACGUUAGCAAGCAAUGGAUUGAGGGAAGGAAACAGUUGCUCCGCAUACUGUCAGGCCUGGAGGUUGUAAAUUCUAUUGUUGCCCUGUUAUCGGUUGAUUUCAGUGCAUUGGAACAAGAUGCAAGAAAAGAACUGCAAAUAAGGCAAAAGCUUGGAGGAGGAGCAAAGGAAAACUUGUUAACCUCUUCGAUCCAGCAUGGUCUGGCCCUGGAGUUUGAGCGAAGUGAUGCUGCACGGAGAUUAAGACUCGUCAUCAGUGAAAUCCUUUUUAUCAUUAGUCAGAUAUACAAUGUACAUGGCAAGAUUCGAGACCCAAAUGAUUUUGUCCAACGACCUUGUGAACUUUUCGAGACAACAGUUUACCUGGAGGAAGUAUCAGAUGUACUAUGCAUUGCUCAAGCUGAACUGCCAAACUUGUUACCAAUUGUACAUGUUGCAGAGGCUCUACUGAGGGUCAAAUAUGGGUCAUUUCUUCUCUGUCAGUUAGUUGUCAAUGUACCAGACUGUUAUUAUGAAGUUUGCAAGUACUUAAUAAUGAAUGGAGAGAAGCAGGAUGAGGAUACAUUAGGGGGCAGACGACGAUGCCAUGCAUUACGAAUGCUAGCUAAUAUGAACCCUAAACAGGCACUCACCAUUAGAUCACUGACAGUAGAAGAGUGUAAAAUGGCGGGCUUAGCCGUCGCGCUUUCAUUGGAUCACGGCAAGGAGGUGACAUCUGGCAAUGGUGUUAAUGAUGUCAUCAGUUUCAUCAGUGGACUGUUGCUUAGUAGCAAUGCUUCAGUUAGGAAUUGGUUCUCAAUCUACAUCAGGAAUGCUCAAAAGUUAGUUUUUUCCCAGAAGAAAUCAAAUGCAAGCUCAUCGAUGCUGUACUCACUCAAGAAGCACCUCCUGCAAGAACUAGCAAACAUUAUCCCAUCACAAGGCUUCCAUGGUAACCUAGCUGAUGAGCAUGUUGUCAAGGCUAGCGCCCUCAUUAGACUGUACUGUGCACUUAAAGGAAUUGCAGGCAUGAAAUUUAGCACAGAGGAAAACGUACAGCUGUUAUAUUUGGUAACGUGCCACCCACAGCCAUGCGCAGCAGGUGUUAGAUUGGUAUCUCUGGCAUUGUGUAUGUUGCUAGCAUGUCCAUUCUUGCAAAGUCCAGAGGAGACUCAGGCAGUAACAAGUUGGAUCCAGUGGCUGGUAAAGGAAGGGGCAGAUUUCGAAAGUACAAGUGGUGUGCGUGCUUCCUUUAGUGAGAUGUUGUUGUUAAUGGCAAUUCACUUUCAUGCCAAUCAGCUGCAUGCUGUGGUUGACUUAGUUUGCUCAACAUUAGCAAUGAAGAUUCCUGUGAGGCCAAAUUCUUUAUCCAGGAUGAGAAUAAUGUUCACACAAGAAAUAUUCACAGAAGAGGUUGUUACAGCUCAUGCAGUUACUGUUGCUGUGACCUCUAACCUCUCAGCAGACAUUACAGGUUUUCUUCCAGUGCAUUGUGUUUAUCAGUUAUUGAAGAGCAGAGCUUUUGCAAAGUACCAAGUACAAAUCAAGGAUUGGAUUUAUAAGCAGAUAUGUGCCAGUUCAGCUCCUUUACACCCUCUUCUCCCAGGCCUAAUGGAAGUGUUUGUCAACACCAUCAUCUACCCAACUCGCUCUGCUGGAAAGUCAUUAUCAAACCAGCCUUUAUCUGAGUCUGAAAUUCUUGCAGUGUUUCAGUCAUCAAAUGUAUGGCUAGCUUCAAAAACUAGGGAGGAGGCUAAUGGAGAUAGUGCAGGCCCAGGACUAAGUGAGCAGGAGAAAGGAGACAGUGCAGGUCUAGGCCUAACUUCUCAGCUUCUAACACUUUAUUACAUCCUUCUUUAUGAGGAUUGCCUUCUAUCACAUAAGAAAGCUGCAGGUAACAUCAACAAGUACAGUUCAUAUUCGACUGAUCUGAUGACCAAGGUACCCAUUAAGUACCUGCUUCACUCUGCUCAGCAACAUCAGAAGGCCUAUUCAGGUUUGUACCCUUCCAUCUUGAGACUUGUAGCCACACACUAUCCUCAUCUCUGCCUGGUGGAGGACUGGUUAUCAGAGGAGCUUGUUGAUAGUCCUGCAGUGGUUCAUAGCCUGGUGUACCCACACAACUUGCCAGUCUGCUCUCCUCUUAGGCUACAAGAAGCUUUGAUGACCUGCACAGAAGAUCCUUCAGUAGUGUUGCAGUUAAUGGCUCGUCUUAGUCACCUACCAGCGCAUAGGCUCAUGUCGUUUGCAGAUGUCAUAGUAAAAAGUCUCCAGAGAAUUCUUGAACCAGAUGUUCCCUGUAAAGUUGUAACUAUGGUGAUGACCCUCUGGCGUCAUCUUAACACUGUGAUGCCAAGGAGAUUGAGGGUGAUGACAGUGAAUAUACUUGAAGCUAAGAACCAGUUGUCACCAUACAGUGAAGAGGAUAUAAUCUUAGAUCCACUGAUAGUGCUCAGGUGUGAUAGAAGGGUUUUUAGGUGUUGUCCGAUUCUUGAAGUCGUACUCCAGAUGUUAACAGCAUUUUUAGCAGCUUCUAGGGCGUUUCUCUUUACUCAUCUCCAAGCAAGUUCUGGUCCAUCAGUCAACAAGAAACAAGACGUGGCACCAGUGUGCACAGAGCAAGAGAAGGAGGAGCUUCGUAGUGCAUUGGUAGCAGCACAGGAGAGCACUGCUGUACAGAUUCUUUUGGAAAUCUGCCUCCCUUUUGAAGGAGAACAGUUGGAUGGGAGCAUGUUGAAUUCUGUAAGGGAGGUACAGUGUCUUGUAUGCUGUCAGUUACAUCAGAUUUUCAUAUCUGAUCCUGGUUUAGUCAAACUUGUUCAUUUCCAGGGUUAUCCUAGUGAACUGCUGCCCAUCACAGUUGCAGGCAUUCCAUCAAUGCAUAUAUGUCUUGACUUCAUUCCAGAGCUUCUAAGCCAGCCACAGAUAGAAAAACAGAGUUUUGCAGUCGAGCUUGUUUCACAUAUUUGUCAGCAGUAUGCUUUGCCAAAGUCCCUCAGCAUAGCCAGACUUUCAAUUAACGUACUACUCACUAAUUUAAUGGUAUUACCAGGGGAUGAAAGAGGCAAAUUCUUUGCACCUCUUCUGCCCUCUCUCGUCAGAAUUGCCAAAGCUUUCCCACCACUCUAUGAAGACAUCACAUCCUUCCUUAUUCAGUUGGGGCAGGUGUGUGGAGCAUCCCUAGCCACCAGCCACAGCACACAUGGACCCAUGCUACUGUCCCCAAAAUUUGAAAAGAUGUUAACACAAGAUCAACUACAUGAUGAUAGAGAAUUAAAAAAACUAACUCAACUAACUUUUAUGGACAUUCUUGACGAAGCGGUCUUGAAUAAAGGUGUCUUUUGAGUUUCACUAUUAGGAGACACAUCAGUUGCAGUAUUGCAUUUGAUCAAAUGUACUGUAUUUGUAUAUUGCGCCCUCUAUCAAAAUAUAGCAUUAUUUACCUUGUAAAUUGUUACUGACCAAAGUAAAGGUCAAGUUGUAUAUGUAUUUUGUUUAAAAUGCAAAUAUUUUUGAAAA